GUGUUUCUCGUGCUCGUGCUUGAAACGCUUUGUCUCUGUGUGCGUGAUCGAGAAGUUUCUGCAGAAGGAAAAUUUGGCCAAACGGCAGUAUAAAAGCGCAUAACAUACAAGAUCUUUUUUAUACAGAAAAUUGUGUAAUCAUGACAACAGACGAUGCCGCCGCUGCUGCUAUAAGCCAUAAGGACAAGGGAAAUGAAGCAUUUAAGGCGGGUAAAUGGUCCGAGGCUGUAAAGGAAUAUAGCGCUGCCAUUAAAAUUGGCGGCAAGCAUAAGGAACUGCCCGUGUUUUAUAAAAAUCGUGCUGCAGCCUAUUUGAAAUUAGAGCAAUACUCGGAAGCUGUAGAGGACUGCAUAGAAUCUUUGCGACUGGCGCCUAAUGACCCGAAGGCAUUGUUUCGACGAGCACAAGCUUAUGAGGCGUUAAGCAAACCUGAAGAAGCUUACAAGGAUGCUACUGCGCUGUUCAAGGCAGAUCCCAGUAAUAAAUCUGUGCAGCCCAUGCUUCAGCGCUUGCAUCUUAUCGUGCAAGAAAAUGCAGCACGCAAUGCCAAGACUUCUACAAAAGUCAAGCAAAUGAUGGAGUUAGCUUUUGAUUUUGGUGCACCCAUUGAUAAGCGUCGUUCGGCAGCCAACAAUUUGGUGGUACUCUCUAAGGAAUCCACAGGUGCUGAGCUGUUGUUUAAGGAGCAGUGUGUGCCUAAGAUUUCUGGGCUUGCCAAAGUCGAAAAGGAUGCCGAAAUCUAUGUAAACAUGGUACGUGUGGUAGCGGGACUAUGCGAUAACAACGUGGAGCGUACGAAGGCCAUUCUCACCGAACUGGGCAUACCCUGGUUUAUGCGUGUGUUGGAUCAAAAGCACGAAGAUUGCGUCAGCACAGCGCAGUUUUGCCUGCAAGCUAUAAUAAACUCGUUGUCGGGAUUGAAAAACAAACCAGAUGCCAAACCUAACAAGGAACUCUGCGAGCGCAAUAAGAGAGAGAUCGAUACGCUUUUAACCUGCCUGGUUUAUAGCAUAACGGAUCGCACUAUUUCUGGCAAGGCACGUGAUGCCAUUAUUGAGCUGCUUACGAGAAAUGUACAUUACUCAACGCUCGAUUGGGCUGAGCGUUUGGUUGAGAUACGCGGCCUGUGCCGCUUACUGGAGGUCUGCUCCGAGCUGCAGGACUACAAGUAUGAAAGUGCCAUGAACAUUACAGCCUCCUCCGGCACCAUUGCCUCGGUCUGCUUGGCACGCAUUUAUGAAAACAUGUACUAUGAUGAGGCGAGAUUACGUUUUACGGAUCAGAUUGAUGAGUUUGUGAAGGACAAGCUACUCUCUCCCGAUAUGGAGUCCAAAGUGCGCGUAGCUGUGGCCAUAACAGCACUGCUCAAUGGUCCACUCGAUGUGGGUAAUCAAAUUGUGGCCAGAGAAGGUAUACUGCAAAUGAUAUUGGCCAUGGCCACCACAGACGACUUGUUGCAGCAGCGUGUUGCAUGCGAGUGUCUAAUAGCGGCCUCCUCCAAAAAAGAUAAGGCCAAGGCACUUUGCGAGCAGGGCGUGCAAAUACUCAAGCAGCUGUAUCACUCUAAAGAUGAUGCCAUACGCGUGCGCGCUUUGGUGGGCUUAUGCAAGCUGGGCAGCUAUGGUGGUCAAGAUGCAGCGAUCAGACCAUUUGGCGAUGGCGCUGCCUUAAAGCUUGCCGAGGCUUGCAGACGCUUUCUUAUAAAGCCUGGCAAGGACAAGGACAUACGUCGCUGGGCUGCUGAUGGGUUAGCUUAUCUAACUUUGGAUGCCGAGUGCAAGGAAAAACUAAUUGAGGACAAGGCCAGCAUACAUGCAUUAAUGGACUUGGCACGCGCUGGCGAUCAGUCGUGUUUAUACGGUGUCGUCACUACUUUUGUGAAUCUAUGCAAUGCCUAUGAAAAGCAGGAGCUAGUGCCCGAAAUGGUAGAGCUGGCCAAAUUCGCCAAGCAUCAUAUACCCGAAGAGCAUGAGCUUGACGAUCCGGAUUUUGUUAACAAACGUGUCACUGUGUUGGCCAAUGAGGGCAUAACCACGGCGCUUUGUGCGUUAGCCAAAACGGAGAGUCACAAUAGCCAGGAGUUGAUAGCGCGCGUAUUAAACGCUGUUUGUGGUUUGCAGGAGCUGCGCGGAAAGGUAGUGCAGGAUGGUGGUGUUAAGGCUUUGCUGCGUCUAGCACUUGAAGGCACUGAAAAGGGCAAGCGUCAUGCUAGUCAAGCUUUGGCGCGCAUUGGUAUUACUAUCAACCCAGAGGUGGCAUUCUCUGGACAACGCUCACUGGAUGUCAUUCGACCACUCUUGAAUUUGCUUUUGCAAGACUGCACGGCUUUGGAGAACUUUGAGUCCCUCAUGGCAUUGACCAACUUGGCCAGCAUGAAUGAGAAUGUGCGUCAGCGCAUUAUCAAGGAACAAGGUGUAUCCAAAAUUGAAUUCUAUCUUAUGGAGGAUCAUUUGUAUUUAACACGAGCAGCUGCGCAAUGUCUUUGCAAUCUGGUCAUGUCACCGGAUGUCGUCAAAAUGUUUGAGGGUGAAAACGAUCGUCUUAAAUUUAUAGCCUUGCUAUGCGAGGAUGAGGAUGAAGAAACGGCCAUGGCCUGCGCUGGCGCCCUAGCCAUGUUAACCUCUGUUUCUGCCAAAUGCUGUGCCAAAGUCUUAGACAUUGCCAGCUGGUUAACUGUACUACACACGCUAAUAGCAAAUCCUAGUCCAUCGGUACAGCAUCGCGGCAUUGUUGUCAUACUUAACAUGAUCAAUGCUGGCACGGAGAUUGCCCAAAAGCUAUUUGCUACAGACAUAAUGGAGCUGCUAAGUGGCCUCAGUCAGUUGCCUGAUGAUGAUCGCGCCAAGGCGCGUGAAGUGGCGCUACAAUGCCUAGCUUCAGCUGAGAAACAUCGCAUUAUUGAAAGAUCAGAUGAUGCAGAGAUACCUGAUGUAUUUGCCGAAAGCGCCAAGAUUACCGAAAUUGUGGACGAUUAAGUAAGUUUGCUUAGAGCGCUGUCUUUUUAUAUUUAUUUAGGUCUCAACUACGUAUCUUUAUAUGCAAUAUGUUUUUGAACAACGCGUCUUGGACCAACAAUCUUAUUUAUUUCUAUCAAGUUUUUUUUACUUAAGCAAAUUGUUUCAACAAUUAAUA